AUGAAUCGAAAAGACACCGGCGCCCUGUUUCACAUCGACCGCUCGAAGCCCUGUCAUCAAGGCGCCGGCGAAUUGGGGCAUCGACCGAUGCCCGAGUCAUCAGUGUCGGAGGAGGACUUUGAAAUCGAGCGCGAACCGUUUGGGCGCGGAGGAUUCGGCCGGAUAUAUCGAGCGCUCCGGAAAAGGGAUGGAGAAACGGUGGCCAUCAAAGUGCUCGACCUCAAAGACCCGAAAAGCCAUCGAAUCUCGGACGAGGUGUACGCGUUGCAGAACUUGCACUCCCCCAGCAUCGUCACCUUUCAUGGGUGGUACUACAAGGGCCAAGAAAUAUUCCUGGUGAUGGACUAUUGCAAGCACGGCUCGUUGAGCCAAUACAUGAGGGCACGCGCCCAGCCGAUGCACGAUUACGCGGCUUUCCACGUCCUUCGGCAGCUCGUCUCGGGCAUUCGCUACCUGCACAUGAUGAAAGUGAUCCACCGCGACCUCAGCGCCGGCAACGUCCUCAUCGCCCAGAUCACGGCCGCCGAUUGCUACGAGAAAUUGUUAAUAAAACUCUGUGACUUUGGCUUGAGCUAUUCGCGAGACCGGAAAGGCGUCGACCCAAAGACGAUUCUCGGCACUCCCGGCUAUAUGGCACCUGAUGUGGUGAUGGGCCGAGGUGGCUACGACGAAGGCGUCGACGUCUACUCGAUGGGCUGCCUCUUCUACUUUAUGCUUACGAAUCGCUCGCCGCCAACAGUAGGUCGGAUCACGGAUGAAAUGUUGAGAAGAGUGACAAGUCGAGCGGCACGAGGUCUUAUCAUGGAUAUGACGGACGACGGUGACCAGCGGAUAAAAUUGAAAGAGAUCCAGUCCUCCGAUUUCUACAAGGAUUGCCAGACGGCGCUCGGCGGCGGGCUCUCGUCGCGCCUCAGAUGGGGACUACGACUCGGGGCGUGGGAUGUCGCAAGAACGGCGCAGAAUGGAGGUAAUGGCUUGAAAAGCGAAAGUGAUAUGAGCGCGAGAAUGGGCGAUCCAGAAAUGCCGAAGAGCGAUCCCGGUCACGAGGGCGUAUUUACUCGCGAGACCAACCAGCACGGCGCUCCAUAUCCCGCGAUCACAACUGGGAAGCGCCGCCGAUACGAGACGUUCCGGUAUAUUUUAUCGACGGUUCUGGAGACCGUAAUUCAGCGUGUUCCACGCGAGCCGCUACGAAGCGCCAACGCCGUGCCACGACGCCCGAGCGGCAGUAUGCCGCCCCCGCGGCGCGCCACCGCCUCAAACCCGUGCAGCGCGUUUCCGUCGGCCAGCCAGCGCGUCGUGUCCGUGCAGAGAACGCGUGAAACCGGAUGGCCGAUCGACCUGGAGCGGUUGGACGGGGAGCGGAAAUUGUCCGUCAAGGCUAGGUAUAUCGUCCGGGGCACGCAUCUGAUACGCGAGGCCUUCUCGGUCGACCGGAUCACGCGCGUCAUGGUGAUUGCACUGUCGAAGACGCCGCCGAUUAACCAACGGGUCUGGUUCUACAAGCCCGGCUCGCCAACGCUACGGAUACCAACGCUUGCCGAAGACGUCGCAAGAGUCGACGCGGAAUCGAAGCGCGAAUUCAGAAGUUUUGAAGAGCUGGCCGGCGAGGAUUUGGCCGACUACACGGCCGCCUGGCAAGCCCUGGAUGUGAUGCGCGGCUCGGUGGCGAAGGUCCUAUGUCCGCAUCCGGUCGACUUUCCGGAAGGACGCGCCGAGGUGAUGGAGAAUGGGGAUCGCUGGAUACGAUUGUCGAAUGGCGCCGAGGAGCAGAAUUUCCGAGCCCUCUUCCAGGACCUCGAGACGAUCGCCGUGCAAACCGUGCACAAAUGCGGCCGAUUUCCGGUGACGAUCGGCUCUUUGUGCAAGCGCCCUAGUUGCAAACUUUGCCCUACGCGCCCCGCGCCCGCGCCGGAAAGGCGAAUAGCUGGAGCGGCCGCAGUGCCGCCGCCACCUUCGGGCACGAUACCAAGGAGCGUCUCCGUCGCUCGCUCAGCCCCUGCAAUGUCGCGGGCCCAGUCGUCGAUGGCGUCCGCUGAUGCGCGUGCGGCGCCUCCAGCGCCUGCGCGCCCGAUGCUGCGCGAUCUCCAGAAUAUGCCGAGCCCGCAGAUGGCGUCAAGACGGGUAAACGCGAACGGGCGCGACAUCGUCGAGAUCACGUGGGGCCAACAGAUUCUACGGCGAUCCUCGACACCCGCCAAGGAUUUGUUCGUCUACAAGAAUGGCGUCACCGAUCUCAGAUUCCGGUACCCGCAGGACAAGCACAUGAUGACCCCCGAUAUGGCGCGGAUGAUGCAGCAGUUGCAAGCGCUCGAA